UAUAUGAGGACACCGCAGCUCUUUUCGGAUCAUCUACCGGACUGAGUCCAGCUGGGAGUCUCUGCAAGUCUCUCCAGGUCUCUGCUCGUCUCUCCACGUUCUUCCAGCGGCACACACAGCGACGAAGACCCGCCUUAAAGAGCGCCAAUCCCGGCAACAAAGAUGAUGCUGCCGCUCACGUUAAUCCUCCAGCUGGUCCUGGCGCCAACUCUCCUGGCGGCCGGCAAGGACCGCUGGGACUCCUGGGGCGCGUACGGACAAUGCAGUCGGACCUGCGGCGGCGGGGUGAUGGUCAGGAGCAGACGCUGCAUCACUCACAGGGCCGACGGAGGACACAACUGUGUGGGACCAGAGAAGUCUUACCUCACCUGCAACACCCAGGACUGUCCAGAGGGAUCCAGGGAUUUCCGCGAAGAACAGUGUUCCCAGUUUGACGGGGAGGACUUCAAGGGCAACCGGUACACCUGGCUGCCAUAUUACGGAGGUGACAACCCCUGUGAACUCAACUGCAUGCCAAAGGGAGAGAACUUCUUUUACCGCCACGGCGCCACCGUGGUGGACGGGACGCUGUGUCACCCCGGCCGCAGGGACAUCUGCGUGGAGGGAGUCUGCAAGCGUAUGGGCUGUGACAACAAGCUGGAGUCCCGGCAGCAGGAGGACCCCUGCCUGCAGUGCGGGGGCAGGGGACAGUCCUGCUCCCUGGUCAAGAGGACCUUCUCCACACAGUAUCCGACCCAAGGCUACAACCAGAUGUUCACCAUCCCUGCCGGAGCCACCUCCAUCAGCAUCAGGGAGAACACGCCCACGCGCAACUACUUUGCCAUUAAGAACCUGCGUGGAGAUUACUACCUGAACGGCCAUUGGUCCAUUGAGUCCUCCCGGGCGACCAACAUCGCCGGCACCGUGCUUUACUACCAGCGAGGUGCUGAGGGAGACCCUCACACUCCUGAAACCAUCAUCGGCCGUGGACCCACCACGGAACCUCUCGUUGUGGAGCUGAUCAGCCAGGAGCACAACUCAGGAGUGCAGUACGAGUUCUACGUUCCCGUAGGACACCUCAGGGAGGGAUACACCUGGCGUUUCGGCUCAUGGUCCGCCUGCAGCACAGAGUGCGGAUCAGGCUACCAGUCUCGAAAUGUCUUCUGCAACAUGGACAACGAGGCCGCCCCCGACUACCUCUGCGCCUCUCUGGCUCGGCCCGAGAGCAACAGGACCUGCAACGCACAAGCCUGCCCCUCCACCUACAGCUGGAAAACCGGUCCGUGGAACGCCUGCUCCGUUACCUGCGGCGCGGGCCAACAGGUGCGCAGCGUGCACUGCAGCUACCGCGACGGGUCGGCGGCCCGCACCGUGCAGGACACUUACUGCAGCCAGUACUCCCAGGCUCCGGCGGCCACGCAGAACUGCAACCUGCACCCGUGCGACGACUACCAGGCUUCAAGACCCAGCAAGAUCAGCUGGCACGUCAGCGAGUGGGGCCUGUGCUCCAGGAGCUGCACCGGCGGGUCCCGGGAGCGUCAGGUGGUCUGCUCGGACCGCGAGGGCAACCGCUACCCCGCCGAGCGAUGCUACCCCCAGGCCACGCCCCCCGCCGUGGAGAACUGCAACAACCAGCCGUGCUCCCGCCCACAGACUGUGCCCAGCUUCCAUGACCGCAGAGGACACCACAGCUCCCGCACUGGCCUGCAUCCUUACAAGCCCCAGCAUGGAGGCGAACACAACAAGGCGCUCCACUGCGGCGAGUCGUACUACGGCUGCUGUCCCGACGGUGUGUCCGAGGCUCUGGGCUUCAACCAUCACGGCUGCAACCAACCCGCUCUCAUCUCCUACCUGCCCUCCGAGAACGCCGCCGAGUGCCGCACCACCACCUACGGGUGCUGCUAUGACCGUGCCACACCGGCUACCGGGCCCAACGGAGAGGGCUGCCGUGACCCCCCCAGUCCUUACGAGCGCUCCAUCUGCUCACUGCCCAAAGCAGCCGGUACCUGCGGCAGCUGGACCGCGCGGUACUUCUACAACGUUCUCGCCUCCAAGUGCGAGUCCUUCUGGUACGGAAGUUGCCACGGGAACAGCAACAACUUCCUGGCGGAGGCCGAGUGCCAGAGGGUAUGCGAACCGUCAAACGGAAACGGACGCAACGGAAAUGGCUACAACGGGAACGGCGGCGCCAACGGGAACGGUUACAACGGUAACGGCGCCAACGGAAACGGCCACUCAAACGGAAACGGUUACAACGGUAACGGCCACUCAAAUGGAAACGGUUACAACGGUAACGGCCACUCAAACGGAAACGGUUACAACGGUAACGGUGAGCAGGCUUAUGGAAACGGCGAGCACACCAACGGAAACGGUGAGCACGCCUAUGAAAACGGUGAGCGCACCAACGGAAACGGUGAGCGCGCCUACGGGAUAAGUGAGACCGGACACGGUGAACGCUCCAACGGAAAUGGCGCCAAUGGAAACGGCCGCAAUGGAAAUGGACGCAGCAAUGGAAACGGACACAACGGCGAGCGCGGCAAAGGAAAUGGCGAGCGGGCCAACGGAAACGACGAGCGCGCCAACGGAAACGGUCGCUACGCCAAUGGCUACAAUGGAAACGGUGGCAAUGGAAACGGCCGCCCCUACAGAAACGGUUACAACGGCAAUGGUGGCAACAGAAAUGGUGAGCGGGCCAACGGAAACGGCGAGCGGGCCAACGGAAACGGCGAGCGGGCCAACGGAAACGGCGAGCGGGCCAAUGGAAACGGCGAGCGGGCCAACGGAAACGGCGAGCGGGCCAACGGAAACGGUCGCAAUGGUAAUGGCUACAAUGGAAAUGGCCAAAACGGCAACAGAAACAUUGAGCGCUCCAAUGGAAACGGCCGCAACGGAAAUGGUGAGCGACCAAACGGAAACAGCCACAAUGGAAACGGCUACAAUGCAUACAGUCAGCGCUCCAACGGAAACGGUGAGAACGGAAACGGUUACAACGGUAACCAUGAAAGCGAAAACGGCUACAACGGGAACGGCCACAAUGGGAACGUUGAAAACGGGAAUGGUCGCAAUGCGAACGGCGGCAACGGAAAGGCCAGGUCAGCUUCGACCGCGGCCAGAAACGCCCACCGGGCGAGAGUCUACCUGAAGGUCAAAAAGCCUUACUUGGUCCCAGCUAAUCACCUCCGCCUGGUUGGAAGGUAAGACCUUUUAGCGGUGCGGCCUUAAGCCCACUCCACGUCGGUGCUGGUCCCCCACCCUGAGUCCCUUCUGAAUCUUUACCCGGGAGACAACCUGCUGUUGUUCAACCAAUUUCGCUCACCUCUGGAUGUUCUUUUGUCACGGUGACACACUAGACACGUCCUUACCACAACCCGCCUACGUUUUGUGUGUCUUCUCACUGUCUUGAUUGUGUCGUCACCGAGCUAAUAAAAGUGGUGCUUCAUC